AUGGAUAACUUAAAAGUAUAUAACAAUCAUCAUAAGGAGGAGGAGAAUGAUGAUGAGGAGAUCUAUGAGAAUGGUUCAAAGGCUUUGAUGAAGUCUGUAAAGACAAAGACAAGAGAUCCAGCAUCGGCCAAGUGUGAACAGGUGUUGGGCAAGAUGCAAGAUAAUGUAAAGUCAUUGCUAGAGUCUAUUGGUGAGGACCCCGAGCGUGAGGGUCUCCAAAAGACACCCCUACGUAUGGCCAAAGCUUUAAUGUACUUUACACAUGGUUAUGAGUUGUCUGUCGAUGAGAUUAUUGGAGGUGCAAUCUUUAAUGAGAACCAUCAUGAGAUGGUUGUUGUAAGGGAUAUUGAUAUCUUCUCGCUAUGCGAGCAUCAUAUGGUUCCAUUUUAUGGAAAGUGCCAUAUUGGUUACAUCCCCGAUCACAAGGUACUGGGUCUGAGCAAGCUGGCCAGAAUCGCCGAGAUCUUUGCCCGUCGUCUACAGGUCCAGGAGCGUCUCACCAGACAGAUUGCAUUGGCUAUCCAGGAGGCCCUGAAUCCACUGGGCGUGGCCGUCGUCAUUGAGGCCAGUCACAUGUGUAUGGUCAUGCGUGGUGUACAGAAGCCUGGCUCCAGCACAGUAACCUCAUCAGUGUGCGGUGUCUUUGAGGUGGACUCAAGGACCAGAGCAGAGUUCUUCAGUCUGAUUAGAAGUCAGAAGGUAUUCGCCAAGUCCACCCAUAAGAACGAGCUGGCUAUCUCCGAUAAUACAUUAUAA